CAGCGGCGCAUGGCUCCCAGGCGGCAGGAAUCGGGGCUCUUUGAUGCUGCCUCCGCCGCCGCCGGCCCGCACCCCGCCCCCUCCGCCUCCGCCUCCUCCGCCGCCGCCGCCGCCGCCCCCGCCCGGCGCUGCCGUAACCGCCGCCCGCCCGGCGGAGCCGCCGGACUUUGCAAAGUUUGGCAGCGGGGGGGGCUCCGCCGCGGCGAGGAGCGGGGCUGCGGCCACCCCCCCCCCCUCCCCGGGGCAGCCGCCGCCGGGACGGGCUCCGCGCCAACGGGAGGGGCGGCGAAGGCGGCGCGCGGCCGUUGGGACCGUUAGGGCCGGGGGGGGGGGGGCACAGCGGGGGGCUCCUGCCCUGACCACCCCUCAGCGCGACCCCCGUCCCGCUCCCUGCGGGGCCCCUCCAGGAGCCAGCAAAAUGCCGGCAGCGCCUCCGACCCCCUGGGAAGGGCGAGAUGCCAGCUAAAGGAGAAUCCAGUGUUUGGGCACUGAUUUCACGCUUCCCACAGAGCAGUGUAAUAGGAAACGCAUCCUCGGUCACCCACAAAAAUUCAUUUUCAUCCUUCAGAAUUGUAAAUGUAACAUCCCCUGCACCCACCUGGAACUGGUGUCAGCUUCCAGCGAUGCUCAAGCCAUCUGUUCAGAGAAACCCUGAGGAUCCUGGACAACCUCGUAGUGCUGCUGCAAACCAUCUUAGCUGGUUCCUGUUGGCCGGACAGAAAUUCACCCCACACCACUGAAAUGCUCUAUUGGCAGCUUGAUUCAGGCUGUUCCAGGAGCAAGUGUCCAAAACUGGUUGCUGCCAGGACACUGAGCACACAUGUCUGCCAGAGAGCAAUUAGCACCCAAACUUUUGCCAGCCCCCUGGACUUCUAUUGCCAGCCAGAAGCAGGCCUACAGACUAGGGGCAGCUGUGCAUGGUAUCUUUUAGCGAGGCACAGCUAGGUUCUUAAUUAUUUGCGUUUUCUGGAUGUCUUAGUGGUGCACUCCUAUGUAAAUAGGUUUCAAAUCAUGGGGUUUAAAUAAAGCAUUACCCUUCACUUUCAGGAAGCAACAGUACGGUAGCUUUCUGUCAGAUCUGUGCUUUGUUUACCUGGGCUCUGGCAUGCAGGCAUGUGCAGAGCAGAGGAUUCAAAUCCCAUUCUCUUCAUUCUGUGAGGUGGAAAAGGCGAAGUCAGGUUCCAGUACGUUAACUACAGAAAGGGGACAUUGCAACGUGGACAGCUACAGCAUUAUAUCACCUGCAGCUUCUCUCUUACUGAGAGGGGAUACUCUCUACUGUCCAACACCAGUCCUGAGACCAUGAUCACAGGUGAAGGAAAAAUACAGCCAUAAUGCAGCCAAAUACAGCCAGAGCCUGCUUCUUAACAGACAUCGCCUUUACCUGCUGACUGAAAGGAGCAAGACAGGGAGAAGAGUUCAUCCAUAAAGAACUGUUCACAGUUGCAGUGCAAGGUACCUCAAUCCUGGGUGUUGCCACAGCUGCAAAUAACAUCAGUUCCCUCCCUACUCUCUGCUUUCCAACUUAGUGGGGGCUGAGCAACCUGCAAAGCAUGGCAGAAAGUUGGGUUUUGUAUUCUAAAGUAUCAGUCCUUUUAUCCAACAAACAGAUAAGCAAAGCCAAUAAAUUGACAUCUCUGAUAAGCUA